UUCCCCAACCACCACUUCGCAAUUUGUUUACCUUCUUGGUUGCAUCCCCCGCGCCCCACACCCUCCACGCCUGCCACGCCGGCUUCGCUUCACACCACCCCACGAGAGACGCGCCGGCCAGGUUCCCGGGGCCUUCCGCGCGCUAAGCAUGGAGGCCGCGGCGGCGGCGCCGCAUCUCCUGCACUGCGGCGGCUUCGGUCGCGUCGCGCACCUCCCGGCGCUCCCGGGUCGACGCCGACGCCGAGGACAGCAGCUCCCCCGGGUCCGCGCGGUCGCCACGGAGCCGAAGCCGUCCACCUCCACCUCCUCCUCUCGCCCCAGGACCCGUAAUGAUCUCUCCAACACCAGGUUCGGUGGGGUGUCCAAGGAGAUUCAGCGCGUGCGCAAGCAGAUGGAGCAGGACGAGCAGCUCGCCACGCUCAUGCGUGGCCUCCGCGGCCAGAACCUCCGCGACGAGCAGUUCGCCGACGACAAUGUCCGCCUUCGCCUCGUCGAGGUAGAGACUGCGGGCAACAAUGAGGGGCUGCCACUUGUGUAUAGCCCAGAAAUCAUAUCAGCCUACUGGGGUAAGCGUCCAAGGGCUGUCGCCACUCGAGUUGUGCAGUUGCUGUCUGUUGCUGGUGGUUUCAUCUCACAUCUCAUAUCCGAUCUUAUUAACAAGAAACUCAAGGAGAAUGAAGUAGCUCGUGCUAUUGAACUGAGGGAAAUUGUGACAUCUCUGGGUCCUGCUUACAUCAAGCUUGGACAAGCGCUAAGUAUACGGCCAGAUAUUCUGUCACCUGCAGCGAUGACUGAGUUGCAGAAAUUAUGUGAUAAGGUUCCUUCAUUCCCAGAUGAUAUAGCAAUGGCUCUUCUGGAAGAAGAACUUGGUCAGCCUUGGCAAGCAAUCUACUCUGAGUUAUCCCCCUCCCCAAUUGCUGCAGCAUCUUUGGGACAGGUAUAUAAAGGACGCUUGAAAGAAACCGGAGAAUUGGUAGCUGUCAAAGUGCAGAGACCAUUUGUACUUGAGACUGUCACCAUCGAUUUAUUCAUCAUUAGAAACUUGGGUUUGGUACUCAGGAGAUUUCCACAGGUCUCCAUUGAUGUUGUUGGCCUGGUAGAUGAGUGGGCUGCUCGAUUUUUUGAAGAACUUGAUUAUGUAAAUGAAGGGGAAAAUGGCGCCUACUUUGCUGAAAUGAUGAAAGAAGAUCUGCCACAGGUUGUUGUCCCAAAGACUUACGAUAAGUACACAUCUAGGAAAGUUCUUACCACACAAUGGAUAGAGGGAGAGAAGCUUUCACAAAGUACAGAGGAUGAUGUUGGGUCAUUGGUCAGUGUUGGAGUCAUAUGCUACCUGAAACAGUUGCUUGAUACUGGAUUCUUCCAUGCUGAUCCACAUCCAGGCAAUAUGAUUAGAACACCUGAUGGAAAGCUGGCUAUUCUUGAUUUUGGGCUUGUAACAAAACUGACAGAUGAUCAGAAGUAUGGAAUGAUUGAAGCAAUUGCUCACCUUAUUCAUCGUGAUUAUGAUGCAAUUGUCAAGGACUUUGUGAAGCUUGGUUUCAUCCCUGAGGGAGUUAACUUGGAUCCAAUCUUGCCUGUACUGGCCAAGGUUUUUGAUCAGGCACUUGAAGGAGGCGGUGCCAAGAAUAUUAACUUUCAAGAAUUGGCAGCGGAUCUAGCACAGAUUACUUUUGAUUAUCCAUUCAGGAUACCUCCGUAUUUUGCUUUGAUUAUUAGAGCCAUUGGAGUAUUAGAAGGUAUAGCUUUGGUGGGAGAUCCUGAAUUCGCCAUUGUGGAUGAAGCAUACCCAUAUAUUGCUCAGAGGCUACUAACAGAUGAAUCACCACGGCUAAGGAGUGCCUUGCGUUACACAAUAUACGGCAAAACUGGUGUUUUCGAUGCAGAAAGGUUCAUUGAUGUUAUGCAAGCUUUCGAGAAUUUUAUUCGUGCAGCAAAGAGCGGGGGUGGGGAGAACUUGAAGGGAAACAUGGCUGAGCUCGCUGAUAUAGGAGCUCAACCUAGCACCAGUUUGGUUCCUGUAUUUCCAAUGGCCAUAGCCCAGCCUGAGCAGCCAGUUAAAGCUCGUGCAGCUCUUGCUUUUCUACUCUCUGAGAGGGGGAACUUCUUUCGGGAGUUCAUUCUUGAUGAGAUCGUCAAAGCCAUUGAUGCCGUUUCAAGGGAGCAAUUAAUACAGAUUGCUGCAUCUUUCGGGAUAGGAAACGCGACCCCUGUUUUUAGCAUGGUUCCUGUUAGGGCCAGAGCGUUGCUUCCAACAAUCACAGAGGAAGACAGAGUCAUCUUGAACAAUGUCGAGAAGGUUGUGAAGUUCCUAACAUCUGGGACUGCAACUCCAACCGUGAGUGGGGACGUAAACAUGGUGUCUGUAGUCCAAGAACUUCUUCCUGUGUUGCCAGGCAUCUCAUCGAAGAUCCUACCCGAUGUCUUGAGCCGGUUGUCAUCACGAGUAUUUGCACGGUUGAUCAGAGAGGCAUUUUUGUAAAGUUUUGGUUCCUUUUCGUUCUAACAGGAAACUACAAGUAGUUAUAUCCUCCCAAACAACACACACAUGAUAGAAAAUUGUACAGCAGUACGAUGUAUAUAAUUUUUAUCUAUGCAAAUUAACCAAAGUUUAACCAACA